UUUCCUCUAAGUGCAUAUGCAUAUACACAAGAUUUAUUUAGAAUCAGAUGGCUCACGAGUUUACUGGGAACGUACAAAACCUUAAGCCACGGUUCUCAGGCAUCAACUAUUCAAAUUUGCAUUUGAUAGGGAAUAACCAGCUGAGAGCAUUGGAGAACUUCAGCUCAACUGAUGAUCAAGAAUUUUUAGCUUUCUUCAAUGGCAGCAGCUUCUCCAAUCAUCAACAGCAACCCCAUCUCCCUAUGAACUUUGCUAAUAAUAUCCAAAGCUUGGUGCACGCAUCUCCUACUCCUGCAGUUUUUGGAACUGGGCUGAGUGAAAAUAUUAAGAGCUUCGGAGGAAGAAAAAGAAAGAGAAAGGAUGAGAAAGAUUUGCAGAAACCAACAGAAGUUGUUCAUGUGAGAGCAAAAAGGGGCCAAGCUACAGAUAGUCAUAGUUUGGCAGAAAGGGUAAGAAGAGAGAAAAUCAAUGAGAAACUCAGGCACUUACAGGACCUGGUUCCAGGAUGUUAUAAGACAAUGGGAUUGGCAGUUAUGUUGGAUGUCAUUAUUAAUUAUGUUCAGUCACUCCAGAAUCAAAUUGAUUUUCUCUCAAUGAAGCUUUCAGCAGCUAGUAUGUACUAUGAUUUCAACUUGGAGAGGGACGUCAUAGAAACAAUGCAGGGGACAAAUGCAUAUGAAGUAGUGCAAGAGAUGGAGAGGAUGGGAAGAGAAGGGUAUGGGCCGGGUACCUUCUAAUAAUUUCACUCAGCAAGACCACAUUAACUAAAAUUAUGAUAUAUAUUUAAUUUCGUCCUCUUUAAAUUUACUUAUAAGCAGACAUAGAUGCAUGCAAAUGAAAAUUGUACACCUUAUCUAUCUGCUUAUGGCAAUGAAUAAACAUAGAACAUAAAACAUAAAAUCGUUAUUAAUGUAAUCUUGUACUUUGUCUAUAAUAAUUUAUGGUACCUUUAUGUUA